GGUUUCCAUGGAUACACAACAACAAAACAUCUAAUUUUUAGGGACAUGCCAAGCACUUCUCCCAUAAUAAAGCCCGAAAAUAGCUAACUAGGUGCUUCACAACAUUGGAUAUUCGUUGUGUUAUUAUAUUUGUUAUUUCUUUCAGUUGAUGAGAGUGGACGAUUUUUGAAGAUCAUCAUGGCGCUGUCAGCCUGUGAUGUCAAGGACACUGAGAGGGGUGGCCGGUCUGGACCCAGGGGCCAGUCCAUGUCUUCUCCAAGUCAGAAAACUCAGAAACCAGAGACAGUUCGCAUCAUCACAAGGGACCUCAUCCGAGACCUGAAGAUCUCAAGUAAGGAUCCGUCUGGGCUGUCUGUCAUCCUCAACCCAACUGAGAUCGAGCGGAUCACAACAGCUUCUCGGGUUUCAACCAAGGAGGAGCUGGAGGCCACGCUGGAAGCCCAGAGGAGAGAGAGAGAAGCAGCUAUGGAUGCUGCUGAGGAUAGGAAGGCCCAUAUCCGCCAGGCUGACCUGUCUCGUCAGAAGAACCAGGACCUAAGUGAGCUGGAGGCUGAGGCCAAGGAAAGAGCUCAGUACCUGCUGGAGAGGGCCAAUGCCAUGAGGAUGGAGCAGGAGGACGAGGUCAAGAAACUCAAUGAGUUGAUCCUGGGUGCCCAGUGCCACGCGGUGAGGGAUGCGCAGAUCCUAGAGAGGCAGCAGAUCCUGGCUGAGCUGCAGGACGAGGAGAGGCGACUGGAUGCCAUGAUGGAGGUGGACCGUAGGAGAACCCUGGAGGCCCUGGAGCAGAUCAACGAGCUGCGCAAACACCAGAGGAUCCAGGGAAACCAGCUGAUUAUAAAUCAGAUUGAGGAGCGUCUGGAGGACAGGAUGCUGCAGAAUGAGAUGAAGGAGCAUGAAGGCCAGCAGAUGCUGGAGAACCUGGAGAGGAUGCAGAUGGAGGAGCUGGAAGCUCUGGAGAGGAAGAAGGAGGAGCAGCAGCGUCUGCAACAGGAGAUCCUCUGUAUCAACGAGGACAGGCUGCUGGCCAAGGAGCGCAACAAAGAGGAGGAGAGACUGGCCGAUCUCCGGGCUAUGGAGUACACCUACAAGAAAAUGGAGCGGGAGGCUGAGUACGAGGCUGAACAGAGACACAUCAAGAGAGGAAAGGAGAAGGAGGUGGCCAGACUGCGAGCCCUACAGGAGAGAGACAAAGACCACAAGGCAGAGCAGGAUGAGCUUCGAGCCAGGAGGAACCAGGAGGGAGCAGAGAGGGAUUGGAGGAGAAAAGAGAAGGAGCAGCUCAAGAAGAAGAUGGAUGUUGAGGAGAGGUUGAAGGCAGCUCGCUUGGAGCAGGUCACACACAAGGAGCAUCUCCUGUCCAUCGAGGCUGGGCGAGAGAGGGCUGAGUUUGAGAGGGCGUUGAGAGCCCAGCAGGCUUCCAUCUGUAAGGAGAAGGACAAGGAGGAGAAACACAGGAUCAAGAUGUUGCGCCAAGCGGACGGGGUGCGCCAGCAGGUGAGGGAGCGAGAGAUGCAGGCCAUCGCCCUGCGCAGGGAGGUCUACAAAGAGGGAGACCGGCUGGACGAGGAGGCCCGGCAUCGUCACAUCCGCCUUGACGAGAUCAAGGAGAAGAAGCUCAGGGAGCUCAAGGCUGCUGGACUUCCAGAGAAGUAUUGCAAUGAAGUGGAGAGAAGGGUCCAUGCUCUUCCUGCUCUGGUUCACUAGCAUGACUGACUACAACACAAACCCUGAUACAAAUGAAAGACUUCAAUAAUGGAGAUAAAUUGGCACCACCAUCACUUUUUGAUAGGGUAGAAUGAAGAAAAUGAAUUGGUACAGGAUAGAAAUCUAAUGUAGCACAUUUAUAUGAUUUAUCAUGUAAUUUCUGAAUAAAGAUGACCGUAUACAUUA